GUGGCCGGCGGCUGGGCGUGGCCGGCGCGGGCUGGUGGACUGGUGAGGUGGCGUCGGUGGGAGCAGUCCCCCGCGGUUUGGCGUGAUGCUGGGGUCCCAGUCCGGAGCCCGGCGGCUCUGAGCGCCGGAGCCGCCCCGGGACAUCAUGGCGGAGGCCUGCGAGCCCACCCGCCCCUCGGAGGACGAGGACGAGGAGCGGGAGCCGCUGCUGCCUCGCGUUGCCUGGGCCCAGCCGCGGAGGGUCGCGCCCGGGAGCGCCGUGAGAAUGCAGGCGGACGAGGGCGCGGAUGUCCUCCGCGAGCCCGCUACCGACGAGCCGCCGGCGGUGUCCGGGGAAGGGUCGAUCUCCGCGAGCUUGUCCACCGAGCUGGAUCGGACCCGCACUACGAGCUCAGAAACAAAUACAUUCUUGGAAGAUCCAGAAUUUGCUGAUAUUGUAUUGAAAGCAGAGCAAGCAAUAGAAAUUGGAGUUUUCCCAGAAAGAAUUUCUCAAGGGUCAAGUGGAAGUUACUUUGUAAAGGAUUCUAAAAGGAAUAUUAUUGGCGUGUUUAAACCCAAAUCAGAAGAGCCUUAUGGCCAGCUGAACCCCAAGUGGACCAAGUACGUCCAUAAGGUUUGCUGUCCCUGCUGCUUUGGCCGAGGCUGCCUGCUUCCUAACCAGGGGUACCUUUCUGAAGCUGGUGCCUACCUGGUGGAUGUCAAACUUAAUCUGGGUAUUGUGCCUAAAACAAAGGUGGUUUGGCUUGUCAGUGAGACAUUUAACUACAGUGCAAUUGACCGUGCAAAAUCAAGAGGCAAAAAGUAUGCCUUAGAGAAAGUGCCAAAAGUAGGCAGAAAGUUCCAUCGGAUAGGACUUCCUCCUAAGGUUGGUUCCUUUCAGCUGUUUGUGAAAGAUUACAAGGAGGCUGAGUAUUGGCUUAGGAGGUUUGAAGCGGAGCCUCUGCCCGAGAACAUUAGAAAACAGUUUCAGUCACAGUUUGAAAAAUUAGUGAUUCUGGAUUACAUCAUCAGGAACACAGACAGGGGAAAUGAUAACUGGCUAGUCAAAUAUGAUGAGAUGAAGUAUGCAAAGAAAAUUGAAAGUGAGGAAUCAAACUGGAUUGAUAAUAAACAAUUGCUUAUUAAAAUAGCUGCAAUUGAUAAUGGGCUAGCAUUUCCCUUUAAGCAUCCUGAUGAAUGGCGAGCAUAUCCAUUUCACUGGGCUUGGCUUCCUCAAGCAAAGGUUCCUUUUUCUGAAGAGACUCGAAACUUGAUUCUACCCUAUAUUUCUGACAUGAACUUUGUACAAGACUUGUGUGAAGAUCUUUAUGAACUUUUUAAGACUGACAAAGGAUUUGACAGAGCUGCUUUUGAAAAUCAGAUGUCUGUGAUGAGAGGCCAGAUCUUAAACCUCACUCAGGCACUGAGAGACGGGAAGAGUCCUAUGCAGCUGGCACAGAUGCCAUGUGUGAUCGUGGAGUGCAGCAAAAGUGGCAGCCAGGGCCGUGUGGUACACCUGGGCAGCUCCUUCACCCAGACGGUCCACUGCAGGAAACCGUUCUUCUCCUCCUGGUAGCAGAUGUAAGGGGAACAACUGUGUGGUGUUACUGUGCUGAUAAAAUAUUACAGUGAUGUAAAUCUGCUGCUGAGAGCACCAGUCGCCAGAACCUCAAAUAAUUCAAGUCUUUAAAUAUAUAGAAAAUAAUACUAUAUUUUGAAUGUAAUCAAAAGUUUACGAUUUUUUGUCCAAAUAUUCUAUUUCAGGGAAGAAGUGCUAUUAUCUAUAUUGUAUUUUUAUAGAAACAUUGUAUUUUAUGUUGUUAUUACUUUAAAAAGUAACUUCAUGGUUUACACAUGCUAGCAUGACUGUAGUUCUAGAGAAUUCCAGCUAGAAUUCCUGUAUUGACUUUGAAUACAGGAACAUUUUGUAUACUUUUUAAACACGAGAAGAAUCUUCUUGCAUUCAUUCCAAAAGACUUGAGGAUGGCCAAGCCAGAAACUGCUCUUGUAGACUCCCAACAGAGGACCCAGUGGGUAGAGCGGACAGUGAUAGUAAAGCAACUAUACCUUCAGUUUAAAAGCUGCUGUUUUAAAACUGGAAUCAAGUGCCCAAAGGUGGUCAUUACCGGGAACCUGAAAGUUAAGUUCUGCCUAAGUGACAGAUGACUAUAGUAAGUUUUGAAUUUUGAUAUAUUUGUUGAUGAAUUAUUCUGUUUUAGUGAAGGGGGAAAAAAUCUAAAGACAUCUCCCCUCCUUUUUGAAAACAAGAAAUAACUGAAAAUUGAAUGGAAUAAUAUGAAAUUAAGGUAGAUGUCCAGUAUUUUAAAAUUACAAUAUUGCCCAAAAAAAAUUCUUGGUUUUUUUUUUUUUCUCAUAUGGGAUCAAAUAAUUUAAAAUUAGUACUUCAAAACACUAAUCUUAAUCAGUUCUGUACUCUAGUCAGUAUGGAACAUCACUUCAAAGCAAGCCAUUCCCUGAAGCUUAUACUGAAGUCAGGAACACGGUGCUCAGACACGCCUGGGGCGACUGGAAGCUGAUCUCACCAUUCACUUUAGGUUGCUGUCUUAGGGGUUUUUUAAUGAGCUAUUUUUGUAUGAGAAGGUAGUUACAUCCAGGUGGUUAAAUUAAGGUGUGGUAGUCACCGUCUUGGUGCAGGUAAGGAGUGAGAUACCACUGCCCUGAGGAGUCAGUUGGAAACUCGUCCUCCUACCUCUUCUGACCCACCUCCCAUUAGCUGGGGUUUGAGAUAAUGGCAACCUGACUGGAGUAUCAAACUAUACCACCAGCUGUUGGUAAAUACUAGUCAUUGAUUUGUGCCUUUCUUCUGCAGUAGAGCGCAUACUUGCCUCUGCUGUGGUACGGCUUUCACAAAGGAUUUUCUUUUCAUUGUUUUGAAAAUUGCUAUAUUAAUUUUUAUAACAGAGAACCUAGUAAAUUGCUACUGUUUAUAGUCUAAAAUUGAAAUAGUUAAAGACUAUUUUAAACAUCUGACCAUGUUAGAAUAGUUGGGGUAUUUAAAAAUUACAAGUAAAAGUACUUACGCUGUACUUUGUAAGCAUUCAUGAACUUAAUUCUUAUUUAAAUAGUGAGGAGUUUUUUAAUGAGCAUAUUUAUAUUGUCAAAUAUGAUAAACAAAAGGAAUAAAAAUCAUUGUCUUGAAGCUC